AUGGUAAAAUGUCAACACGUGACGCGCACUGCGCACUCGCUCUAUAUUUUAUUGGUCGGAGUGCUCCAUUCACGGAACCUUUAUAAUAUCGCAAUAACGGCUGGCCUGUCAAAAAUUGUAAACAACGCACACGUGCCGCCGCCGUCGCCACUACCGCCUCACAAUUGGCUACACGCAAAAAUGGCAACAAAGGGCAAACGGCCCAUGAGAGCCCUUACACCCAGCGACAAGAUCGAAGCCAUCCAGCGCGUCAAUGAUGGUGAGUCUAAGGCCUCGGUAGCCAGAGACAUCGGUGUACCUGAGUCCACUUUGCGUGGCUGGUGCAAAAAUGAGGACAAGCUAAGAUAUAUGACAUCACGUCUAUCUUCUCCUGAUACCGACAAAAGCAAUGAUGGUGAGCCACCAGAUAAGCGUGCACGUACAGAAUCCCCAGCUGCACCGCCCUCACCUGUCAAUAAUGGACUAGAUCUUUCUGCGCCCGUUGUCACACCUGUUAUGCCGCAACCACCUCCUCCACCAGCCGAUGUCCCCGUUGAACUUACCACCAAACGCGCCAUACCCUCUCCAACAUCUCACAUUCCGCGCGAGCGUCGACCGGACCCCGGAGCCAGUGUCUCUAUGAGUGCCAUCAGUCCGCUAUCAGGGCUGGCUCAUUUGCCUGGUCUCACACAUUCGCACUUGGGAAUAAGCUUCAAUGAAAUUGCAACCAAUCUGACUCUACUUGCUCAACUUAACCCUGGACUGUCAGCAUUAUCGGCCCAACCUGCUAGUCGUGCGUUACGCUCCGUCCGGUCACCGAAGCCAGCACAUAACGGAGUACUUAACUUAAAUGAUGGCAAGCAUCACCAACGCCACAAGAGCCAUCAUUCAGAUCCGUAUCGUCUCUCAAAAUCUAGUCACCACGGAGCCUCGCACUCUUCAACUGCUACCCAACCUGUGGACGACUCCUUAUGGUACUGGCUGAAAACGCAACAAGCAAUGCUUGAUCUCACCGCACAGGCUAAUCCGACACAUCCACUGCAACUUGGAAAAACAUCUGAUCCCACGAAACCGCUAGCAGCAGCGACACCCAUCAACCCUCAUCUUGAUUAUAACAGAAAUUCGUGGCUCUGGCAAUAUUACAAACAUUUUGGCGGAGCCAUACCAGUCCCAGAGGACAGACACAAGUCUGCUGCCCAGGUGCCCAAGGAUAAAACUGCAGAAAACAUUCUAUAUUCACAACUAACAAAGGGGAAGAUGGAAGAGGGGCAAGGUACAUCAACAAGUACAGUACAUCAGCAAACUCAUUCGCACAGCGAGCCCGAACCUCGCAGUACGCCUAGUACCGAACCGCGUGUCGCUGAACCUGCUGCUAGUCCAGAGAUCGGUAUUGAAAACAAGGAGCCGUUGCCCGAUAAAAGUCACGAGUCGAGUAGAAGCCACACCAAAGCGCGCACCGUUCUAGACAACCUUUUGUUCAAUAACAGCAAUCAGACCGUUGGUGCGGAAGUGCGGUCCACAUCUCCUGCAAGCGGUGAGUGGGAGGCAGGUGCAGCGGAUGCACUCGAUCACGGCGACAAGUUUCUCGCGUGGUUAGAAGUGAGUGGCGAUCCGAGCGUAACCCGCAUGCACGUCCACCAGUUGCGUGCUUUACUGCAUAACUUGCGGGCUCGCCGUCAGCCCGCGGCUCCGGUGGAUCCUGCGGACCAUGCUGCCCGCCGCAAGUAG